CCACGACUCCGUGAAGCUGAUCAAGUUUGCGGACGACACCACCCUCAUUGGACUCAUCUCCAACAACGAUGAGUCCGCCUACAGGAGGGAGGUGGACCGGCUGGUGUCCUGGUGCAGUGGUAACAACCUGGAGCUGAACGCCCAGAAGACAGUGGAGAUGAUUGUGGACUUCAGGAAGAGCACUGUCCCCCCGCCCCCACCCUCCCUGAUGGACUCCCCCAUCACCUCUGUGGAGUCCUUCCGUUUCCUGGGCACCACCAUCACCCAGGACCUCAAGUGGGAGCCGACCAUCAGCUCCCUCAUCAAGAAGGCCCAGCAGAGGAUGUACUUCCUGCGGCAGCUCAGGAAAGCCAAGCUGCCUGCACAGAUGUUGGUGCAGUUCUACACGGCCAUCAUCGAGUCCAUCCUCACCUCCUCCAUCACCGUGUGGUUCGCUGGAGCCACAGUCAGGGACAAACAGAGACUACAGCGCAUUGUGCGCUCUGCAGAGGAAGUGAUCGGCCGCAGCCUUCCAUCGCUGCAGGACCUUGCAGCUGUGUGUGGGGGGGAGUCUCCACCUGCAGCUGUGGAUGUGUGGGGGGAGUCUCCACCUGCAGCUGUGGAUGUGUGUGGGAGGGGAGUCUCCACCUGCAGCUGUGGAUGUGUGUGGGAGGGGAGUCUCCACCUGCAGCUGUGGAUGUGUGUGGGGGGAGUCUCCACCUGCAGCUGUGGAUGUGUGGGAGGGGAGUCUCCACCUGCAGCUGUGGAUGUGUGUGGGAGGGGAGUCUCCACCUGCAGCUGUGGAUGUGUGGGGGGGAGUCUCCACCUGCAGCUGUGGAUGUGUGGGGGGGAGUCUCCACCUGCAGCUGUGGAUGUGUGGGAGGGGAGUCUCCACCUGCAGCUGUGGAUGUGUGUGGGAGGGGAGUCUCCACCUGCAGCUGUGGAUGUGUGGGGGGGAGUCUCCACCUGCAGCUGUGGAUGUGUGGGGGGAGUCUCUCCACCUGCAGCUGUGGAUGUGUGUGGGAGGGGAGUCUCCACCUGCAGCUGUGGAUGUGUGUGGAAGGAGAGUCUCCACCUGCAGCUGUGGAUGUGUGUGUGGGAGGGGAGUCUCUCCACCUGCAGCUGUGGAUGUGUGUGGGAGGGGAGUCUCCACCUGCAGCUGUGGAUGUGUGUGGGAGGGGAGUCUCCACCUGCAGCUGUGGAUGUGUGUGGGAGGGGAGUCUCCACCUGCAGCUGUGGAUGUGUGGGGGAGGGGAGUCUCCACCUGCAGCUGUGGAUGUGUGUGGGAGGGGAGUCUCCACCUGCAGCUGUGGAUGUGUGGGAGGGGAGUCUCCACCUGCAGCUGUGGAUGUGUGUGGGAGGGGAGUCUCCACCUGCAGCUGUGGAUGUGUGUGGGAGGGGAGUCUCCACCUGCAGCUGUGGAUGUGUGGGGGAGGGGAGUCUUCACCUGCAGCUGUGGAUGUGUGUGGGAGGGGAGUCUCCACCUGCAGCUGUGGAUGUGUGGGGGGGAGUCUCCACCUGCAGCUGUGGAUGUGUGGGGGAGGGGAGUCUCCACCUGCAGCUGUGGAUGUGUGUGGGAGGGGAGUCUCCACCUGCAGCUGUGGAUGUGUGUGGGAGGGGAGUCUCCACCUGCAGCUGUGGAUGUGUGGGAGGGGAGUCUCCACCUGCAGCUGUGGAUGUGUGGGAGGGGAGUCUCCACCUGCAGCUGUGGAUGUGUGUGGGAGGGGAGUCUCCACCUGCAGCUGUGGAUGUGUGGGGGAGGGGAGUCUCCACCUGCAGCUGUGGAUGUGUGGGGGGGAGUCUCCACCUGCAGCUGUGGAUGUGUGUGGGAGGGGAGUCUCCACCUGCAGCUGUGGAUGUGUGGGGGGGAGUCUCCACCUGCAGCUGUGGAUGUGUGGGGGGGAGUCUCCACCUGCAGCUGUGGAUGUGUGGGGGGGAGUCUCCACCUGCAGCUGUGGAUGUGUGUGGGAGGGGAGUCUUCACCUGCAGCUGUGGAUGUGUGUGGAAGGAGAGUCUCCACCUGCAGCUGUGGAUGUGUGUGGGAGGGGAGUCUUCACAUGCAGCUGUGGAUGUGUGGGAGGAGAGUCUCCACCUGCAGCUGUGGAUGUGUGGGAGGGGAGUCUCCACCUGCAGCUGUGGAUGUGUGUGGGAGGAGAGUCUCCACCUGCAGCUGUGGAUGUGUGUGAGGAGAGUCUCCACCUGCAGCUGUGGAUGUGUGUGGGAGGGAGUUUCUUCACCUGCAGCUGUGGAUGUGUGGGAGGGGAGUCUCCACCUGCAGCUGUGGAUGUGUGUGAGGAGAGUCUCCACCUGCAGCUGUGGAUGUGUGUGGGAGGGAGUCUCUUCACCUGCAGCUGUGGAUGUGUGGGAGGGGAGUCUCCACCUGCAGCUGUGGAUGUGUGUGGGGGAGGGGAGUCUCCACCUGCAGCUGUGGAUGUGUGUGGGAGGGGAGUCUCCACCUGCAGCUGUGGAUGUGUGUGGGAGGGGAGUCUCCACCUGCAGCUGUGGAUGUGUGGGAGGGGAGUCUCCACCUGCAGCUGUGGAUGUGUGGGAGGGGAGUCUCCACCUGCAGCUGUGGAUGUGUGUGGGAGGGGAGUCUCCACCUGCAGCUGUGGAUGUGUGGGGGAGGGGAGUCUCCACCUGCAGCUGUGGAUGUGUGGGGGGGAGUCUCCACCUGCAGCUGUGGAUGUGUGUGGGAGGGGAGUCUCCACCUGCAGCUGUGGAUGUGUGGGGGGGAGUCUCCACCUGCAGCUGUGGAUGUGUGGGGGGGAGUCUCCACCUGCAGCUGUGGAUGUGUGGGGGGGAGUCUCCACCUGCAGCUGUGGAUGUGUGUGGGAGGGGAGUCUUCACCUGCAGCUGUGGAUGUGUGUGGAAGGAGAGUCUCCACCUGCAGCUGUGGAUGUGUGUGGGAGGGGAGUCUUCACAUGCAGCUGUGGAUGUGUGGGAGGAGAGUCUCCACCUGCAGCUGUGGAUGUGUGGGAGGGGAGUCUCCACCUGCAGCUGUGGAUGUGUGUGGGAGGAGAGUCUCCACCUGCAGCUGUGGAUGUGUGUGAGGAGAGUCUCCACCUGCAGCUGUGGAUGUGUGUGGGAGGGAGUUUCUUCACCUGCAGCUGUGGAUGUGUGGGAGGGGAGUCUCCACCUGCAGCUGUGGAUGUGUGUGAGGAGAGUCUCCACCUGCAGCUGUGGAUGUGUGUGGGAGGGAGUCUCUUCACCUGCAGCUGUGGAUGUGUGGGAGGGGAGUCUCCACCUGCAGCUGUGGAUGUGUGUGGGAGGGGAGUCUCCACCUGCAGCUGUGGAUGUGUGUGGGAGGGGAGUCUCCACUUGCAGCUGUGGAUGUGUGGGAGGGGAGUCUCCACCUGCAGCUGUGGAUGUGUGGGAGGGGAGUCUCCACCUGCAGCUGUGGAUGUGUGUGGGAGGGGAGUCUCCACCUGUAGCUGUGGAUGUGUGUGGGAGGGGAGUCUCCACCUGCAGCUGUGGAUGUGUGUGGGAGGGGAGUCUCCACCUGCAGCUGUGGAUGUGUGUGGGAGGGGAGUCUCCACCUGCAGCUGUGGAUGUGUGUGGGAGGGGAGUCUCCACCUGCAGCUGUGGAUGUGUGGGAGGGAGUCUUCACCUGCAGCUGUGGAUGUUUGGUCCAGUUCACAGUCGUUAG